AAUAUCAAAAUUAGUCAGAGAAAAAAAAAAGAGAGGAGAGAGACACAACGAUGCCUUCUCCUCCGGAGGAAGAAACUCAACCCAAACCCGAUACGGGUCCGGGUCAAACCUCCGAACGCGAUACUAAUCAACCACAACCACCUCCGCCACAAUCUCAACCGCCUCCACCGCAAACAUACCCGCCGGUAAUGGGGUAUCCAGGCUACCACCAAGCCCCACCAUACCCAAAUUAUCCAAACGCUCCUUACCAACAAUACCCUUACGCUCAAGCCCCACCCGCUUCAUAUUACGGGUCAUCUUACCCGGCUCAGCAAAAUCCGGUUUACCAAAGACCCGCUACGUCCGGUUUCGUCAGAGGAAUUUUCACCGGUUUAAUCGUUAUAGUCGUCCUCCUCUGCAUCUCCACCACCAUAACGUGGCUAAUCUUCCGUCCACAAAUCCCGCUUUUCUCCGUAAACAAUUUCUCAGUUUCCAAUUUCAACGUAACCGGUCCGGUUUUCUCCGCGCAAUGGACGGCGAAUCUCACAAUCGAGAAUCAAAACACGAAAUUGAAAGGCUACUUUGAUCGAAUUCAAGGUUUAAUCUAUCACCAAAACGCAGUCGGAGAGGACGAUUUUUUAGCGACGGCGUUUUUUCCUCCGGUUUUCGUGGAGACCAAGAAAUCGGUUGUGAUCGGAGAAACUUUAACGGCGGGAGAUAAAGAACAACCGAAAGUUCCGAGUUGGGUUGGUGAAGAGAUGAAGAAAGAAAGAGAGACCGGAACGGUGACGUUUAACCUGAGAAUGGCCGUGUGGGUUACUUUUAAGACCGAUGGUUGGGCGGCGCGUGAGAGAGGGCUUAAGGUGUUUUGCGGGAAAUUAAAAGUUGGGUUUGAAGGAAAUUCUGGAAACGGUGCCGUUUUGUUACCUAAGCCUCUUCCUUGUGUGGUUUACGUUUGAUAAUUGUUGUUCUCUAUGGAUGGAUAUAUCUCUCUUUAAUUCUUGUGUUGGUUUGAUUGUUUACUAUACAAAUUCUCAUAGAAAAUUCCUCUUACAAAGUUUAAGAAAAAAAUAGAUUCGAUUUUUCAAU